UAUUGCAAAUCUCUCUCUCUCUCUCUCUCAUCAUUUUCCUCAGGAAAGAAUAAAAGUGUAUAGUUUGUCUGUAUUUUUUAGUGUCUCUCUUUUUCUCUCUCUACGACUAUUAGUGGGCUUUUGGGUACCUCUCUUUUUUGGGUUUUCUCAAAUUUUCUAGAAACCCCAUCUUCUUCUGUUUUUUUGUGUGUCAGUGUGAACGGCUUCUCUCCACUUUAUAAAAGUGCACCUUGUCAAAACUAAGAAGAGGAAUAUUAUCCUUAGACUUAGUUUUGGGAAGUUAUGGUAUUGUUACCAAUUGAAAAAAUAGAACUGGUUUUGGUUCUAACUCAUGGAAGCUGAUCGUAGAAGCAAGCCUUGUCCCAAUCCUGUUCACUUUCGUUUCUUUCCUUCUGGGUUCUAUUGUUGGGAUUGGGAAUUCUUGACCGCUCUCUUGCUUUUUAGUUGUUAAGCCUUCAUUCUUCAUUUUUCUUUUUUCUUCUUUUCUUAUUGUAAUUAGAAAUUCCAAAAAGUUAAUUUCCUUUUUUAUUAGAUUUGAUUUUUGAUUUUCGAUAAGGAAAAAAAAAAAAAAAAAUUUAAAAGCCAUUUUGGUUUGGUGAGGUGAGGUGAGGUGUAAUAAGUCGGAGAGAAAGAAAUGGCGCAAAGGUCAGUUCCGGCGCCUUUUCUGACGAAAACGUAUCAGCUUGUGGAUGAUCCCAUCACCGACGAUGUGAUAUCGUGGAAUGAAGAUGGUUCCACUUUUGUGGUUUGGAAGACUGCCGAUUUUGCCAAGGACUUGCUGCCUAACUAUUUCAAGCACAACAAUUUCUCAAGCUUUGUCCGCCAGCUUAACACUUACGGUUUCCGAAAGAUCGUGCCGGACAAAUGGGAAUUCGCGAACGAGAAUUUCAAGCGAGGCCAGAAAGAGCUCCUCUCAAAGGUCCGCCGCCGGAAAUCCGUGACGUCAGCUCCCGCAAACACUCCAGCAUCCGGGAAACCCGUCGGCGGCGGCGGCGGUGGUCCGUCGUCGUCAUCAAACUCAGGCGAGGACCUGGGGUCCACUUCCACGUCAUCCCCGGAUUCAAAGAACCCAGGGUCGGUGGAGACAACAACGACCCCGACGGCACAAGCAUCCGAUUUAUCGGGCGAGAACGAGAAAUUGAAAAAGGACAACGAGAUGCUGAGCUCGGAGCUAGCACAGACGAAGAAACAGUGCGAAGAGCUGGUAGCUUUCUUGACUGAGUAUCUGAAAGUGGGUCCCGACCAGAUCAAUCAUAUCAUUCGUCAAGGAGGAAGCUGUGGGUCCAGCUGUGUUGAUGAAAUAAUCGGUGCUGGUGGGCCCAUCAUCGGCAAAGUUGAUUCCAACGAUGAUGACGACGACGACGAAAACAACGUUGUCGAAGAUAACGGUAACGGCAACGGCGGUGAGGGUUUGAAGCUGUUUGGGGUUUGGUUGAAAGGGAAUAGAAAACGGGGCCGUGACGAGAAAAUGGGGUUCAAUAAUGGGUCCCACACUCACCCUUUGGCAAAGGAAAUGAAGGUUUGUAAUUGACCAACCAGCGUGUGCCACCUGGCAACAUGGGAGUGCGUAGGAUAAGCAUAAGCCUGGUUCACCAACUUCUUACACGCUUAUUAUAGAGUCCCUUUUGUUUUUAAUUUAGGUGAGAGAAAAUAUAUAAUCUCUCAGCUACCGUAAGGUUUAGUAUUAAAGUUUGUUUGUUUGUUUGUUUUUUUUUUUUUUUUUCCUCAUUAUGUGUAAUUUUGUAAUGACUAAUAAAGGCUGCAUGGUUUUGAAAAUUCAAAAUCUGUAUGUAAAAUGGAAUUAUUAUAUAGGUUGGAGGAGUAGUUGUUGUGGAAGGUGUAGGUCAAAAGGCAUAUGGGCCUUCCCUCUUCUAGACUCUUUGAAAGUUGAUACUUUUACAUAUACAAUUCAUGUAAGACUUGCACUUUAGAGAUUAAUGGACAACUUGAUGUUAUAUGAUGAUUAUGUAUA